AUGAAAGAAAAAAAUUUGAAUUAUAGAAGUGAAUCCAUAUUCCCGGCAAAUAGGAAUUUAUUUGAAAUGCUUGAAAAUAUUGAUGACGAAAAAGAAGCAAGAAGAAGUGCAAACUUUUUUAAUGACAAUAAAAAUAUUCUUUUAAAUUUAUUUGUAAAUCCAAAUAAUAAUAAUAAUGUGGAUAAUAUAUUAUUAAGAAAGAAAAAUCAUAUGAAUAAUGUUACAAAUUCCAAGCAAAAAAGUUUUAAGAAGAAUGAAACUGAUAAGAAAGUAGAACAAGAAAAUAGGAAUACUAAAAGUAUAAAAAAUGACCCAGACUGUCCAACGAAAAAAUGGAUUAAAAAUUUUUGUUGGUUCUGUUCCCUUAAUCUGUUAGAUGAAAUUUUAGAAAAAGAAAUAUAUAAAGAAAAAAUUCAUCAACAUGUGUAUGAUUUGAUUUAUGAUGAAAAUACCUAUUUUGACACAAGUUCGAUGAUGAGUGUGCCUUACGAAUUUGCAAGAUUUAUGUUAAAUCAGUUGGAUAAUAAUUCACUACAUGAUAUUAAGAUAAAUAAUAUAAUUAAAGAGGAGAAAUACUUAUUUAAAAAAUUUUGUGGAAAAUAUAAGUACAAUAAAAAAUAUAUCAAACAUAAGGAUUCAUCCAGUUCUGAUAUCUCCAGUAACAGUGAAAGUACAAAAAGUGAUCUCAGUUUGAUUUAUCAAAAUAGGUAUGCCAAUAUCCGUUAUAGCAAUUACUUGAAUAUACGUAGGGAAUUGUUUAAUAGUGAUAAAGGGUGUGGAACUGAAAAUAAGAACAACAUUAUUCGCAAUUCCAAGGACACAAGUAGUGUUCGUAAGAGUAAACUGUUCUACGAUAGUAAUGAUUUGGGCAAUUGUGACAGCACAGAUCUGUUUUAUUAUAAAAAGGAUCAAUUAUCCGAUGAGAUGAGUAACAAUAACAAUUCGUGUGACACAGCUUUUUUUGAAGAUGAAGGGAAAAACAGAAAGGAGGGUAACAGUUGUUCAAGAUUAAAUACUGUAGAGGAUGGCAUAAAAUAUAAAAGGAUUGAAAAUGAAAAUCCCUAUGUAAGAAAAAGUAGCAACAGCAAUAUCUUGCUCAGAUGUAGACGAGGUUCCUAUAAAAAGAUGAGUGAUCCGAAUUUUCCAUACAGUGAAUUUUUAAAAAAAAAAAUGGAUGAAUCGGAGGAAAUUACAAAAGGGGGUAAAUCCAGUAAGAUUGAUAAGAGAGGUAGAAAUGGAAGAAAUGACAGUAAUUGGAAUUACAAUCGAAAUAGAAGCAACUUUUUAAGUAGUAAAUGGGUUCCAUACUAUCAAGAUUUGUUGGCACAGGACGAGAAAAAAGAUGAAAAGGAAAGAAACGUAGUUGAUAGGAAAAAUCUCGAUAAGAAGUAUAUUCUAAAAAAAAGAACAAAGUAUAAUUAUUCAAAAGAUUUAAUCUGUAAUCGUUUUCUAAUAAGAAGUAAUUCCUUCAGCAUACUUUGUAGAGAACGUGAUGACGCUUCUGUAAAAGAUGCACCUCAUCUGAUGAAUGGUGAUUUUCAAGAGGAUUUCAACUCCCAGUGCAUGUCCAAAGGUGGAUGUAGUUGCAGUUCAGGUGUUAAUGUUGGGGGGACAGCAUUAUGUGUAGGAAAAAAGACAAACGAAGGAGUGCAAAAAUAUGAGAUUGAAAAGAUUGAGGAACGGAAUGAAGAAGAGGAAAAGGUUUGUCGAUGUAAACACAACCAAAAGAUACACAACAAGUACAAAAACAAUCUGAACUAUAUUAAAAAAUUCUAUUAUAUAGAAGAAACACAGAAGAAGCCAUUCCCAUUGUGUUUGUAUAAUAUUAUAAAAUCAUAUGGAACGAUUAAACAGUGUUCACGUUGCUACUGUUUCUUUAAUUCCAUAAGUUGUCAUUGUUUAGAAUGCAAGAAGAAAUCAAACAUGUCUCUUAAAAAUCCACAUUACUUCAUUUUCCAGCAUGGGCUAACUGCAAGUGUACAUGAUUUUCAAAAUAUAGUAAACCCAUUACUGACAAAAUAUCCACAUUUAUUUAUAUACAUUACUUAUAGUAAUCAGAGUCACACAUUUGAAGGAGUUGAUGUUGGUACAGAGAGAAUAUGCACAGAAUUAAAAUGCUUGUUCAAAAUAAUAAAUGAUAAAAUAAAUAUUUCUAUGAUUGGUCAUUCUCUAGGAGGAAUAUUAAACAGAUCUGUAUUGAUAAACUUGUAUAGAAAAAAGGUUUUCAAAAAUAAGAAAUUAAUAAAUUUCAUUACUUUUGCAUGUCCUCAUAUUGGAGUACAUGAAAAUAUGGCAAUCAUGAAAUUAUUUUCUACAUAUUUGGGAGCCCAUACCAUUGACGACUUAAAUAAUAAGACAACACUAUUGUUAAAAAUAGCUAGUGUUGAAAGCAUAAGCAUUUUAAAAAAAUUUGAAAAUAUAAUAUUCUAUGGAAACAGCCAAUCAGAUUGGCUAGUUGGAAUUAGAACAUCUUUAAUAUUACCAUAUACCCUGUUUAAUGAAGAACUUAUUUUAUUUAUAAUAGAACAAUCCAAAAACAUUCCAGAAAUGCCUAUUAAUAUAUUUUCGAUGGUCCAUCUAUACAUGAGGAAAAAGAAAUUACUUUUUUUUUAUUUUUAUCAAGAUUUGAAGAAUCCUAAUUAUUUAAUUAACAAAAGGAAAGAUCAAAAUAAAUUUUUAGAUCAGAUGUUACAAACGAUAAUUUCUUCACGGAAGUUACUAAACUGUUCGCAGAAGAAAAAGAAUUUUCACACUUCUAUCAGUUACCAUAGCACGUGGGGAAAUAACAGAAUAAAAGAGAAAAAGAAUGAUAAUUACACUUUGAGUGAUAAUAGACCAAAGAAUCUGUGUUGCAACCAAGGGAGGGACAGCAACAGUGGAAUGAGUAGCGACAACUGGACAGGAAGCAACAACAGGAUUGGAAGCAAAAAUUGGAGUGGAAGCAACAACUGGAUAGGAAGCAACAACUGGAUAGGAAGCAACAACUGGAUAGGAAGCAACAACUGGAUAGGAAGCAACAACUGGAUAGGAAGCAACAAUAGUUCCGCGAGAUAUCGAAAUGUGUCAAGCAAAAAGGAAGUUAGUCGGUUAUGUGAUAAAGCUAACUGCAGUAAUAUUUUUUUAAACAGGAACAGAAACCAUUACGCAAAAGAAACGGAAAAAGAAGAAGAAGAUGAUGAAAAAGGAGAUGUUGUGGUACCGUUCCGAAGCAGAAGUGAUAAGUGCAUAUCUGAUGAGGUACAUGUACAGAAGCUUCCAAUUCAUUUUAGAAAGAAUGUCAGUUCUGUACAAGUAAAAAGAAAAUCUCAUAGAAGAAGCGGUCAGCAUUCUUGUGUAAAUAUGUCAAGCAUGAAUUUGGAAAAAAGUAGAAAUACAGAAUCUCAAAAGAAUAAAAAGGAGUCUAUUUUUAAAUCACAUACGUAUGAAGAUAUCCAUAUGGAGGAGAAUGAAAAGAUGGAAUCGAAUUCUUUUUUUAGAAGAGAUGUAAACAGGAAUAUUGAAUGCACAAAUGGUAAAUUAAAUCAAAUUGAUUAUUAUUAUAAGAAGUAUCAUGAUGAUAUAGGGGGAAAUUAUAAAAUUGAAAAUACUUAUAAUGUCUCCAGUAAUUUAGAUAUAUAUAAGAAUGAGAAAACAAUAAUUUUUGAAAGUAAUUACAUUGAAGAAAAGGAAAGUGGAAAAAAAGUGCUUAUGAAAAGAGAGAAAAAUAUAGAAAAGGAAGAAAUUCCAAUGGAGGUGUCUUCUACCCUAAGGGGUAAUAAUAAUCCCUCACAUAUUUUCAUGGAAAAGAAUAAUCACGCUACAAACCAGGAUGAGACAAUGAAUUUUCACAGGAUUAGAGACGAUCCAUAUAAUGGAAAUGAGAAUGGAAAUGGAUAUGGAAAAAGCCAAGGGAUGAACAAAAAGGAAAAAUUUGGAGAUUACAAAAAUUUCGAAAAGUUAUUUUUUGAAUGUUUAAAAACGAAGAUAAUAAAUGACAUAAAAACCUUGGACAAUAGUUUGAAGAAGAAGACAAAAAAAAAAAAAAAAAAUAGUGCUACCCAGAAUAGAAUUUUUUCUUUGCAGAAUACAAUAAAUGCAUUAAGAAAUUACUCCUUUUUAUAUUACUUAAAAAAUGGAGAUGGAAAAUCAAGAAACAAUUGUGAAAAUAACGAACAAAAUAACUCUAGUUUUAAGAGGGAUAAAAAUUAUGAACAGAUCACAGAUGAAACCUUCAGCGCUGCUGCAAUGGAUAAUAGAAGUACUAUUGGUGAAAGUCCAGAAACGGGAGCAAAUUUUAAGGAAGAAAAUGACAAGCAUAUUAAAUCAUUAGUUGAAGAGGAAAAGAAAUUGAAGAAAGAUUCAUAUACCAAUGAAACCAACAAAACUGAAGAUGAUUUUUAUCAACCAUGUGAUGAAAAAAGUGAAGAAUAUGAUUAUAUAAGUGAAUUUUUCUAUACAACAUCAGAGGAUAAUUAUGAGGAUGUCCUCAGUGAUGAAAAUUUGUUUUAUGAUGAGAAAAGAAUGUAUGGGAAUAAUAACAAUAAAUACCAUCCCUAUGAUGUGCAUAACCAUAACUAUAACCAUAAAGAUAAUUAUCACAUUCACCAUGCUGAAAAGUUCAAACAUGGAGAUGAAAAUCCUAAUUCCACAAAAUUGCAUAACAAAGUGGAAAGGAAGAAAACGAAAGGAAGUACUCUCUUAAAAGGAAUUACAAAAAAUGAUAAGAAAAAAUAUAAACAAAUUCUUUUUCACAUAUAUACAAUUUCGAAUGAACAACUGAUAGAAAAAUUUUUCAAAAAUCCUGAACUCCUCUACUAUGAAGUUCUGUUUUAUUGUUUAAAUCAACUCCCAAUUCAGAGAUACACCAUUUCUUUACCCAUAUAUUCAAAUGCCCAUGUUCAAAUAAUAGCUCAUCCUCGCAUAUGUUCAGAAGAGUCUGCAACUGUCAAGCACUUUGUCGAACAUUUGAUUCUUUGA